GUUGUUUGUUGACUGACUGAAAGGAAGGCCGUUGGGAUGAGUAAAUAUUUGAAGUUAGGGAUUAACUAGCCUCCUGCGGCGCCAUGGUGGAAGAGUAGAGAGCUGGGACUGAAGCUGGUUGAAUCAGAGCUCCGUACUACGCUAUGUGGAGACUCUGUACCCUUUGGCUGUUGGUGGCUGCCUGCUUGGUGCACUGUGGACACGGGGCCUCAGUAUUUUACAGCGGCCGCGAUGCCAACCAAAUCCUGAAAAUCCAGAAGCGGGCGAACUCUUUCCUGGAGGAGCUCAAGCCAGGCUCUCUGGAGCGAGAGUGCAAGGAGGAGCAGUGUGACCUGGAGGAGGCCAGUGAGAUAUUUGAAACCAGGGAAGCAACCCUAAACUUUUGGACCAAGUACGUUGAUGGAGACCAGUGUUUAUCCAACCCUUGUUUCAAUGGAACGUGUCUGGACAACAUUGGGCGAUUUAACUGCAUUUGCAACCAAGGCUGGGAGGGACGCCUGUGCCAAUAUGAGGCCAACUACACCGACUGCUCCACUUACAACGGAGGCUGUGAGCACUUCUGUAAUGAGGAUCCAACGCUGAGCCAGCGCCGCUAUUGCAGCUGUUCGCCAGGGUACCGGCUGAUGGACGACCACGCCAAGUGCGAGCCUGCUGUGGAGUUCGCCUGUGGAAAAGUGAAGGCAAAUCGCAUGGAUCUCAAAUCAGGGGUCCAAAUUCGGCUCACUGAGGGGAAAAUGGGGAGAAAAGGAGACAGUCCCUGGCAGACGAUGCUGCUGGAUGGCAAGGGGAAGUUUAAGUGCGGGGGUGUCCUCAUCCACCCCUCCUGGGUUCUAACGGCAGCCCACUGCGUUGAAGACAAAGGGCGGUUCAAAGUAAGACUUGGUGAAUACAACCGGCUGCGGAAUGAGGACACAGAGCAAACCAUUGUGGUGGACAAGUGCGUGAGCCACGAAAACUACAGCAAACAGAGCUCCGAUAAUGACAUCGCCAUGCUGCACCUGUCACAGCCCAUCGUCUUCAACAAAUUUGUGCUGCCUAUUUGCCUUCCCAACAAGAAACUGGCAGAGCAGGAGCUGACGGCAAAUGGGAGGCCGAUGGUGGUGACUGGCUGGGGCAGCCAGAGUGACGUCUCCAUGAAUUACUCGGCUGUCCUCAGUUACAUUGAGAUCCCCCUGGUCCCGUGGAGCGACUGUGCCCAAGCCAUGAGGCACGCUGUCUCUGAGAACAUGCUGUGUGCUGGGAAUCUUGAAGACAAGCAGGAUGCCUGUGGUGGGGACAGCGGAGGCCCCAUGGUCACGAAGUUCAAGAAUACUUGGUUCCUAGUGGGACUGGUGAGCUGGGGAGAAGGUUGUGGGAAAAAGGAGAAGUUUGGAGUCUACACCAAAGUCAGCCAAUAUCUGGAGUGGAUCCAGCAGCAAAUUAAACAAUAGACAUCUCAUCUAAGGGCUGAUUCUCCUUCAGAAGAAUUGGGGUCACUGUGGCUGUAUGCUCGUAACAAUACAGAGUACAAUGUGCUGUCACGCCUCCUGGUAUUAAAACUAGAGUACAUAAAGCAA